GGAAUGUUGACCUGCACUCUGAAUAAACUUCUUCCCCACACAAAUUAAUUGGCACGUCACCCCUUACGACCGGUAUGAGCUCUCCCAGUGCGCCGAACGGAAACCCUGCCCUCCACAACCAAGGCUCCACGCCGAGCUUAGAUGCUCUGAUCUUCGAUGAACAAAAGGCGGCUGACGCCUCCCACCGCGACGAGGUAAAGGAGGAUGAACCCGAGUCAGAGGAAAAGAAGCCUCGUUCGCUGUCGAACGUGUUCCCAGUGGAUAAACUCAAGAACGGCGCCACGAAUGCGACGAAGUUCUUCGGUUCGACCUUUAAUUCCCUCAAAGAAAACUCGGUCAAGGGUUGGGAAAACGCCAAGCAGACCAAGGCUGGCGGUGCCCUCGCCUCGGGGUUGACGACUGCGUCUGUUGCAGCUUCGACCACUGCCAGCCGCAUCAAGGACACGGAUGCGUACAAAAUCACGACAUCUGCUGCUGCCCAAACAUUUGAGAAGGCCAAGCAUGGUGCUGAAAUCGGCGUCGAAAAAGUGAAGCAAGGGGCGACUUUAGCCAAGGAAGGAGCAGUGCAAAGCAUCGAAAAGGUUCGUGCUCGCGUCGGCAAACCUGGCGAGGAGGACAAGUAAACGCAGUCACCAUUCUACGGUGCUCCUACGUCCAUCAAAACUCGCCACAUCCAUCUCAUAUUUAGACUCGGAAGCCAUCACUGUAAUUCAUUCUCUGCCACCCUUCGCCUUGCACA